AUGGACAGCCAGCAAGUGAUGUCUGAAGAACUCUUUGUGUCGCCCCAGGUGGUUGAUGACUUGACGGAAAUCCAUGGUUUCAACAAGACGGUGAAGGAUGUGUUUUCUGGGACCGUGGGAGGAGUUGCGCAGGUGCUAGUGGGCCAGCCAUUCGAUAUUAUCAAGGUGCGGUUGCAGACGAUGCCCGGGAACACGACUGCAUGGGAAGCGAUUGCGGACCUUGUGCGGUACGAGGGUUUGCGCGGGUUCUACAAGGGCACGAUGGCGCCGCUAGUGGGUGUUGGUGCUUGUGUGUCGUGCCAGUUCGGUGUGAACGAGGCGAUGAAGCGGAUGUUCAAGGACAUCAACAGGUCACGUGGUCGGUUUGAGAACUCGCUAUCGCUAGGACAGUACUAUACGUGUGGGUUCGUGAGUGGGUCUGCGAACGCAGUGCUAGCGACCCCAAUUGAGCAUGUUAGGAUCCGGAUGCAGUUGCAGAAGGAGGCGUUGGCGAAUGCGCAGUACAAGAGCACGCUGGAUUGUACGGGGAAGCUUUUGAAAGAGGGCGCUUUGAUGCGUGGAUUUAGUGCGACGCUGAUGCGGACAUCGCAUGGGUUUGGUGUGUACUUCUUGACGUACGAGACGUUGAUCGGGUGGCAGCUCAGCUUGGGUCUGCGCCGGGACCAGAUUUCUGCUUGGAAAGCGUGUUUGUUUGGAGCUGUUUCUGGAGCGUGCUUUUGGGCGAUGACGUAUCCGUUUGAUGUGGUGAAGUCUGUCAUGCAAGCGGACAAGCUCAAGAACCCGGCAUACGGGACGAACGUGGUGCAAGUGGCCAAGAACAUAUACAAGGAGCGUGGAUUGCGUGCGUUCACCAAGGGGUUCACGCCCACGAUGCUACGGUCGUUGCCUGUGAACGGUGCCACUUUUGCUGCGUUUGAGGUGACGAUGCGUCUGCUAAAUUAG